GUUUCUUAUAGUGAUUGUCUUCAACCCACAGAAACUCAUACUAAUUUGGAUUCCGAGUAUGGGCAGAAUUCAAGACAGAAUCUACUUUCAGUAGACAAGUUCCAUUAUCUAAUUGUACCCCGAAUUGACGUAAUUACACCAUAUGACUACUUUGAAUGUAUCUUGAAAUGUCUCGAUCAUCCUCUUUGCGUUUCUGUGAACUUUGCCGCCGAAGGAAAAAAGUGGUGUGCGUUACUGUCCUCCAACAAGUUUAACGACCCCGACAAACUCAUAGAAAGCAAGAGUUCGCAUCACUAUUCGUCUUUUCAGGUAAGAAUCUUUUGUUGUCAUAAAAAAGAUUUUCAACUUAAAUGACUUAAAAAUAACUGCAGCAAGUGCAGUAAUAAUGAUAGUAAUCACUCAAGAAGCACACGUGCUCUUAGCAUAUAACAAAGGAAAGGCACUGUGUCCUUUCUAUUUUUUUAAUUGCAGAAUCCUUGUGGAAGCAGCCCAUGUCAGAAAAAUUCUACUUGUCAAGCUGGGUUUACUUCAAAAGGAUACCGUUGUGUCUGUACACAAGGACUCAGGGGAGAGAAUUGUAACCAAGGUAUUUUGUAGCUCUUUCAUCAAGUAAUGCAAAUAUUCCUGCCUUUUUAUGCUUGGUAUUCUUGUUUUUCUGCUUAAGUAAAUUUCCGAAAUUCUCCAAAGUCACUGACUUUAUGUUUAAUAUGUUAGUUGUGUAUAACGAAAAACCCCCUUUUUACUUAGGUUUUCGAUGGCCAAUCCGUUUUGCGGUUUGGGGAAUGAUUAACUUCUAACACAAUUUAGUAUGUUUUUGGUUAUCCCGAACCGACUCAUUGCGAUUUAGAGAACAAGAGUUAUUAUGUUACGACUUGUAGUGAGGGAGUCACUCGUGCCAACUUAUCGAAAUCAUAUAUAAAAGCUUUACACAAAAACUAUUUGAAUUUGAUGAAAAUACAUUUUCAUCUAGACUGCCAAAAAAGCCACUCAUUUCAUUUCCGAUUAGUAAAAUGAGAAUGCCAGGACAGUCUAGUACAGCAGAGAGACCUAUAGAUCUCUGCAUCGUGUGCAAGGACUCAUAUAGGAAUCUUUUCUACUUUUAUUUUUCCAGUCAUUCUGCCUCAGAACUGUUCCCAAACCCCAAAGAAAACAGGAGUCUACGAAAUUUCCAAUCAUGGAUCAGACUCAUUCCCAGUGUACUGCGACCAGACAAGUGAUGGAGGUGGUACGUCAAACUAAAAAGCAGGAUCUCGAUGGGUUAACCGUUAGGAGUAAAACGGUCGAAAAUUCAGCCGUUAGGCGUAUAAAAUUGGCAAAUUUAAACCGUUAACCGUAAAUAGGCCAAAGCUUAACCAUUAGACGUAAAACCAAUCAACACAUUGAGACCCUCGAGUAAGGGUCAUCAGUAUCGCUCUGACUGAGGACUAACGCUCCAAACGUCAGCCUUUAAACUCUUUACGGUGGCCAAUUUACGUUUUCAACUAAGUUGACAACAUUAGAUUACCCUGUUAUACUCUCCCACCGACGCAGCACCACAGUUUCUCUCCAAACUAACCCCCUUUUUUCCCCAAAAAAUAUUUCAUUUAGAAGUGGCUAACUCACUUGGCCAGGAAGGUCCGUGGACUUAGGUCAUGUCCAUUCAGUCAAUUAUAAAAACUAUUUCUAGAGUUUUCCAAAGGAACAAGCAAUUUUCACUAACCUGGACAAUUUUUGACAAUUUUUUUUCUAUUUUAAGGUUGGACGAUGAUAUUCAAAUACAUUGGAGGAAAUUCUUCCUCUCCGACUGCUGACACGUUAUGGAGUUCAUUCGACACAUUAUCGGAAAAUGUUAUCGCUGCCUUAGAUACCACUUCAACCUACCAGGGAAACUACAAAAACCGUAUCGUUCAAAGUUGGCAAAUUUUUAACCCUCAAGAGGUAAGUCCGGAAAAUAUCUACACCACAGAGGGUUAGGCUAAAUUGUUUGUUACGAAACACUUUUCCAAAUGAUGUUCAUCAUGUUCCUAAAGACAAACCAAGCAGGCACUUUUCUCGACUGCUCUUGCCUCUUUUGAAAGGAAUUAAGGAAUAGAAUAAAGUAGAAUAUAAAUGGUAUAAAAGAAUAUACACCAAAACAAUUUGUUUCAGGGAGUAAUAUCACAGGCCAUGCAAUGAGAUCCCUAUUUGUUACGUUCUUUUGUUUACCUGACUUCCCAAACCUUAAGAGUGUAUCGUCUUGGGAAUAGGUAUAAGGAAAGUGCUUAUGUUUUAUCCUUGUAGGAGAAUAGUUCUUAGAAAAGGAGUUAUUUUAAAAUUGUGAAAUUCUCGCAAGAGAAACAACGACCGGUCGCAAGGUCAAACCACAACAAAAUAUGCAAACCACAAUGAUAUAAAAUAUUCAAAGAAAGUUCUGAGCUGAAAUUAAACUGCUCAAUCCGAAAUUACGUUAAAAAGUACUCAGGGUGUGAGGGAGCUUUUAAUGCUUCGAGAACGAUUGAAAAACAAGGGUUGCCGUGCCAAAGACAGAGUGAUACUAGAACCGAGCCGAUAAAAUAACUUCGGGCUCAAAACUUUGCCUUCUCGAGUUUACAUAGAGCCAUUUCAUGUGGUACUGAAAAUAAGUUUGUAAAAACACAAUAAGAAUUGAUCAACAAUUCUUUAAAUUCCCCGAUGUAACUAUUCUUAUCUUAUCCCAUACUUAUGUAUUUGAUAUGUAAACAACAGAUAAUUUUCUUGUGUGACUUUAGGUUCGUGUAGUGCUUUACACGAAUGGAGCAGAAGUUAUGUCUAUGAAGUUCAAUGCCAGAGGAACAACUAACGUGGACUGGUUUACACAAAAUAAUCUACUUCAAUCACCAUGGACAGAUCUUAAGAGUGCGACAAACAUAUAUCCCUUUCUCAUCAAUGGCCAUUCUGUUUCACGAAACUUUGAAAUUACAGCUAAGUACAACGGAUGCCCUAAUGAUGUUGGGUGGUUUAUGAUCGGAGGACCUUACUGUGCAUGGGAGAGAUUUCACCCCGUGCCGGCAAUUCUAUACAGCAAGAAAACUCACAACAUCACAUGGAAUAAUGUCCAAGGUAGAAAUUGAUUUUAAAAAUCUUGAAAUACUUCUGUUGUGGUGAAAAUUGAUGUAAGAAAUCUUGGAAUACCUUUAUUACUGUUUUUGUUUGUUUGUUUGUUUGUUUUUGUUAUCAAAUCAGGGAAAUAACGAGAUAUUUCCUAAACAGACCUCCUAAUGGAAUGGUUUCGUUGCCAUCUCCUUUUCCUCUUCAGGGGUGUGACCAGGAUUUCGAAGCGGGAUGGAGUGGGGGGGGGGGGGGGGGGGGGAGGAGGGUCUCACUCAUGAGGGGACGCAAAUCGUCUGCACUGUAAGUACAUAUCAAGCUCCGCAAGAAGAGGGAAAUAGUUGAACACGUGCUCUUGCAUCCGAUCUCACAAUUUACGAAAACUUCAUUAUUCUUGUGAAAAAUGAUAGCCGUCUUACUGAAACUUGAUGACAAGUAUAAGCCGGCAAAGAAAACAGAGCAAAAGCAAUUAUCUGUCACAUCGAUGUCAGCAGCAACAGGAUUAUGACACCUUACAGGAAAGCUGCCUGGAGCGUUCAAAAAGUCCCAUACAUUUUCUUAGACUAAAAGUCUAAGAAAAUGUAGGGGACUCUCCGGGAUACUUACAGUACAGACGAUUUGCGUCCCCUCAUGUGUCAAAUGGAGAGUACUCGCCAGAUUGCCAUGUCGACCUUUUAUAAAUAUGGUGUAAUAGUGAUAUUUAAUUACUGGGCAAAAUCUCGGUAGGAAACUGAGAGGAGAAGUGUAAUAACUGCACGAGUCAUCUGAAAUUAAACCUCUCCGAUGAUUAAAAGGCCGGUGCUCUAGAUCAGGUUUCACUCGGAAAAGGUCACUUUUACUAACUGUUUAUUUCUUUUCUUUUCUCCAUCUAUCUCUAAUUAUGGAUUAUGUAUUAUGUUAACAAUCUAUUUAAUGAGAUCUCAAUAAAUAGUUUACUAUGUAUUAUUUAUCGCUAGUUUUUUUGUUAUAUUCUUUUCUCAAGCCGACGUCGGAGGCGCUGAGGUUAUGGUUGUGUAUGUACGUUGAAGACCAAGGAUGCCAGCCAAUGAAUCUGAAUGAAAUGCUGAGAAGUAAAACUUCUGCCUUAACGUUAUACGCAAAAUGA